UGUCCGGGCUCCCCGGGGACGCGCGUCCUGCUGGAUCCACACACUGCGACUCCGGAGGUUUCCCCGCAAACUCCGGCGUUCCGUUUCAACCUGAGCCAAAGGCAGGGACGGGUUCACUAUCACUCCUGCUUUCACGCCUCCCACUUCGCUUCCUUUAUUAUUGUCGUCUUGUCUGCGUGAGCGCAUCAAACCCUGCACGCUCCACCAGGACAGAAUGACAGGAGAACUGCGGGACGGCGAGGCGGACGAGGAGUUUCUGCACUCGCCCUUCGUCCGAAAACAGGGGAACAUUUACAAACCCAACAACAAGGACAUGGACAACGACAGCUUCAACGAGAAGACGAUGGAGGACAUCCACACCAAGGAGAUCGACCUGGUCAACCGGGACCCCAAACACGUAAACGACGACGUUGUCAAGGUGGACUUCGAGGACAUCAUCGCUGAGCCGGCGGGGACCUAUAGCUUCGACGGCGUGUGGAAGGCCAGCUUCACCACCUUCACCGUCACCAAGUACUGGUGCUACCGGCUGCUGACGGCGCUGGUGGGCAUCCCCCUGGCGCUGGUCUGGGGCAUCUUCUUCGCCAUCCUGUCCUUCCUGCACAUCUGGGCCGUGGUGCCGUGCAUCAAGAGCUACCUGAUCGAGAUCCACUGCAUUAGCCGCGUGUACUCCAUCUGCGUGCACACCUUCUGCGACCCGCUGUUCGAGGCCAUGGGCAAGUGCUUCAGCAGCGUCCGGAUCCGCACCACGAAGGAGGUGUAGCGCCCCAGAAUCGGGCUGGGGGGGUGAGGGGGGGCAAAUUGAGGGAACUCAGGGGAAGAAGGAGAGGUGAGACUUGGGGGCGUGGCCACCUCACGCCCUUACCUGUCUCACCAGCAGUUUUUUUCCCUCUUGGCUGUCAUGGUAACCAAAUGGGGAGGGCGGGGGUUAUUGAUUUGGGGAUUUGUUGUUGUUUUGUGCUCUUUAGUAUUUUUAUUUCUUUCCUUUUUUAAUAUUCUUCACUGUUGGCCGGCUUCACGUCUUUAUCGCGUCCUGCAGACUCACCGCUGCUGCCGUUUCCGUGGCGAGCCGUAGAUUUAUCCGUGUGGCGAGCCGUUGCCACCCGCUGCCUCCUCUCACGCCUGUUUGUGGGGGGUUUUGGAGCCGGAGGGGUUGUGAGGGGUCAAACCGGAGACAAAGAGCGAGCGCUGCCAGGUUUCUGUCAGCCUGACUCAGCAGAAACGCAACAAGCCCCCGCUGCACAACACACGACUCACCGCCCCCCCCCCCCACUCGCCCCUCUUCCCUCCGGCCUGCACCUGCGCCCCUUUUUGUCGUCCGCCACGCCGCCCGACGGUCCUCUGGUCACUCGCUCUGCUUCGCCCCGCCCCCAAACCCCCCCUCCAUCACCUCCAUCACCUCCAUCGCUGCAGGAAUGUUCAAAUAUGAAUUUGCAAAGCGUUUUUCUGUUUUUAUUCCAUCCUUUUUAUUUUCCUUUGAGGCUUUUAAAUCCUCAGAGCUCCAUAUGUUGCUGUUUUUAUUUUCCUCCUAAGCUUUGAACACGAAGAACUCUGCAGGUUUAGUUUCGCAGCCGGAAUGUUUUUGUGCAGAAAGCAGCGGCCUCCUCUUCGGGGAGGUGUUGUUGGUGAAUUGCAGAAAUUAAAAAUCUCCAGAGGUAGCAGCGUGCUAGGGGCGGCGAGCUCUUGUGGAGAUCCUUUCGUGCACGUCGUUGCAUCAAGACGACGUGAGACGGAAUAAGAUGUGAUUUUCAACCCAGGACACAUUAUUGCUUUUGUUUUCUCUGCUCUGCUUCUUGACUGUGGGUUUGAUGCGGAGCAGCAUCAGACGGACACCUGCCCCCCCUCCCGGAGCUGGUGUCGGGUCGGGGUUCUGGUUCAUGGAGACACUAAGCUUCAGACACCUUCAGUGGGCCGGCAGUGAAACCAGAGCACCUGCCUCUCCAGAGGAGCUUUGAAGCUCUGAAGGUGAUAUUUUUGUAAGAGAUAUGUUUUGUUUUUUUUGUUUUUUUUUGCCUUCCUUGCUUCUACUGUACAAUAUCACGCUGUGCACAUUAAAAAAUAUAAUAUGA